GGGGCACACAGCGACGAAUGGCAGCGCAGGAGGACAACGAGUCUCACCAGCAGUUCCCUGUGGCCUCGUUCGCCGUUCCCUCGCGCACAGAGCUGGAGGAGAGGCUGGUCCUCGCUCUCAACACCAGAGACGGCCAGCAGUCGUGCGCACAGGACGGCGCCGACCCCUACACCCGCGCAGUCCGCUACGUAGAGCAGCACCGCAUCGUGGAGAUAUUCCAGAACAUUACCUCUAGGAUAGCCUAUGAGCGACCAGAUGACCCACUGCAGUUCAUGCUCAAUGAGAUAGAGAAAGUGAGAAAGGGCCAGAAACUGGAGACUCUCAAAUAACCACUCUCCUCUUCCCCCACCACUCGGAUUAUAGAUUUAUUUUCGACUUCCCACAUCUCUCUCUCUUUAUCCUGCUAUUGGAUAUCCAUUAUAUCUAUAUAUAUUUGUCUCUGAAACGAAGAUUUAUUUUCAUUCCAACUGUCUUCCCACACCUCACUGUCUAAAACUUCUCAGAAUAUGAAUGACUCUUGGCUGUAAAUAAUAUCAGAGCGUCUUU